AUUUUCAGUGUCCCCCCCUACCAAGAGUUGGGCACAUGACGAGUCGCGUAUGCCACUUCAAACUUGUUCUCCUCGGCGACACAGCCGUGGGAAAAUCUUGCCUUGUCGUUCGUUUUGUUCGCGAUGAGUUUUUCGAGUUCCAGGAGCCAACAAUUGGAGCGGCUUUCUUAACGCAAUCUGUUUCUCUCGAGGGCGCCACCGUCAAGUUUGAAAUCUGGGACACCGCUGGUCAAGAACGCUAUCGAAGCCUUGCUCCUAUGUACUAUCGAGGUGCCGCAGCCGCGAUUGUAGUCUAUGAUAUUACGAAUAAAGAAUCCUUCAAUGGUGCUAAGUCUUGGGUGAAGGAGCUGCAGAGGCGCGGCGAUCCAAACGUCGUCAUUGCUCUUGCAGGCAAUAAAGCAGAUCUUCCAAACAAACGAAAAAGCGUCUCAAGUACGUUCACAACUUCGGCUAAGAGUGCUACAAAUGUAAAAAGUCUUUUCCAGGAAAUUGCUCUUAAACUGCCGCAAAGUCCGCCCCAAUCAGAACGAGAAGCGUUCCCAAUCAUUCCUCCCAAACAUGCAGAAAAUAAGACUUGUUGUUAAUUGCUUCAGAAGGCUAUAUUUGGCGUCGUAAGCUAAGCUAUCUCCAUCUGGAUGCACAGGAGGACAGCCAGCGGAUCAAUGUCCUAAGCUUGUGGUGGUUCUGUACAGUGCUCCAGUCAUCGUUUCAUGUAUACUCCCCUAACUUUGCGACAGGCCAAGUGAGCCCAAGCCAGUGAGGCCCAAUAUGAUUCACAUUGUGCCCCAACGGCUGAAAGCUGAUAGACGCACGCCGCACCUGCUUUAUCUUACUUGCCGGCUCGACUAUCAGCAGCUCUGCGGAGCAAAUCCACACGGGGCUGGACGUGGGGAUGUUGGUGAUUCCAAGUACGCC